CAAACUAUUCAUAUAAAUAAAACAGUCGUAGACUUUUAAUCUUUUUAAUAAGCCAAAAAUGCAUAUUUGCAAACAAAUACUGGUCAUGAGAAGAGUGGCUUUAAUGGAUUCGUGGUGUGUUGUGAUCGCCAUGCAAGUGAGUAAAGUCCGACGCGAGUCCUCUUCCUGCCGCCAAUGUGCUGGGUGAGUGUGCUGGCGUCGCGGACGAGUCGCGAGCCGCCCGGCGCCAUGCUGCGCUGCCUGGCGCUAGCGCUGCUGCUGCUGGCCGCGCCCCGGCCCGCACUCGGCGGCCGCGCGCACGCCAACCACUCUCAGCUGCUGGCUGAGGUACAGCAUCUCAUGUAUGCGAUCCAGCACGACCACAGACUUCCUACACCAAUUCUUCCAAACUUGGCAUUUGAUUUUGAAUAUGAACUACUCAAUUUAACGGCAAGUUUUGAAAAUGGGCCACAUACGAUAAACCCGGCGGACCUUCUGGUUUUUCUCGAAAAUCUGACAUCAAAAAGGAUCCACAGGUACAGAAGAGAAUCACAUUCACUAAUUGGCACUUUUGACAUUUCAAAAAUGUUUAAAAAAAGGAAAUAUAAAAGCAAACAGGACGCUGAUCAGAGGCCGAGUGCAUCCUCCCUACAUGGCGAGCAGCUGAUCCAGACAGAGGGCGCCGAGCCGCCCGCCACCGGCGUACAACACGUCGCUCAGGUCGAACCCACUGCUGUUGCUACCAGCGUCUCCGAGGCUCCCACUACUUUGCUCAAUAGUUUUACUAUCCCUGCACGUUUAAUUCCUACUGAAAGUUUUACUAUAGUACCCCUUCAAACAUCAUCAACUACAGCAAAACUUAGACUCAAAGCGAAGUCAUCGCGAAAAUCAAAGAGUUUAAUAACGACAACUAACGCACCGACCAGUAGCCGUCGCGAAACAAGACUCAUUCCAAAGAAAAAAGUUUCUGAGAACGAGACUGUGUGGCCCGUGAAGCACGCCGCCGUCGUCGAGGGCGACAUCAUCCUGGGCGGCCUCAUGAUGGUGCACAGCCGGUCGGAGGGCGCGACGUGCGGGCCGGUGAUGGCCCAGGGCGGCGUGCAGGCGCUGGAGGCCAUGCUGUUCGCGCUGGACACGGCCGCGCGCCUCGGCCUGGCGCCGCCCGCUGUGCGCCUCGGCGCGCACGUGCUCGACGACUGCGACAACGACACCUACGGCCUGGAGAUGGCGCUCGACUUUAUCAAAGGGUCCAUUAGCAACAUCGACGACGCGGAAUACGCGUGCAACGCGACGGCAGUGAGGAAGGUGAUCUCGGGCGUGGUGGGCGCCGCGUCCAGCGUCACCUCCGUGCAGGUCGCCAACCUGCUGCGCCUGUUCAAGAUCCCGCAGGUGUCGUUCUUCUCUACGUCGCCGGAGCUCUCGAAUAAGGCUCGGUUCGAGUACUUCACGCGCACGAUCCCCUCCGACCUGCACCAAGUGCGUGCCAUGGUCGAGAUCGUCAAGAAACUUGGCUGGCGUUAUGUUUCAAUUAUAUACGAAGAGUCUAACUAUGGUAUUAAAGCUUUCGAAGAGCUAGAAACGCUCCUUGCCCGAAACGAUAUAUGUAUCGCCGUGAAAGAACGACUAGUAAAGGACUCUGGGGAAGCGGACGAGCACGCAUACGACGCAAUCGUGGCGAGACUACUAUCCAGGCCCCGCGCACGCGGUGUGAUCGUGUUCGGCUCGGACCAGGAGGUAGCGGGCGUGAUGGCGGCGGUCGGCCGACUGCGAGCUACAGACGCGUUCGGCUGGGUCGGCUCUGACGGCUGGAGCGCUCGUGCCCUCGUCUCCGAAGGAAACGAAGCUGCUGUAGAAGGCACCAUCAGCGUCCAGCCGCAGGCUAACCAAGUGCGUGGCUUCCGAGAGUAUUUUCUCAAUCUCACCGUUGAGAACAAUCCUAGGAAUCCGUGGUUUGUCGAAUUUUGGGAAGAUCAGUUCAAAUGUCGCUAUCCUGGUAGCGCGCGCACACCGUACAACGUGCAGUAUGAGCGGAUGUGCUCGGGCGCCGAGCGGCUCUCCGUCGACAACAUCGAGUUUGAAGCGCAGCUGCAGUUCGUUACAGACGCCGUCCUCGCCUUCGCGUAUGCUAUCAGGGAUAUGCACCGCGAGCUGUGCGGCGGCAAGCCGGGGCUGUGCGACGCGAUGCGGCCCGCUAGCGGCGCUACGCUAUUGCGUUACCUACGACAAGUGCGCUUCAUAGGACUCAGCGGAGACGAGUUUCAUUUCGACAGCAACGGAGACGGCCCCGCGCGAUACAACAUCCUGCACUUCAAGCAAGUAUCUGCCGGGGUGUACCGCUGGAUGAAAGUGGGCAGGUACCUCGACGGGGAACUCGAACUUGAUAUGAAUGAAAUACAGUUCAAGUGGAACGAGCGUCAUCCGCCGGAAUCAGUCUGCAGCGCCGAGUGCGAGCUGGGACAGGCCAAACAGUACGUGGAGGGCGAGAGCUGCUGCUGGCACUGCUUUAACUGCACGCAGUAUGAGAUUCGGUCGCCGGACAAAGAAACAGCGUGCGAGGAGUGUCCGCUAGGGACGCUGCCGAGCGUGUCGCGUACGCUCUGCGCGCCCGUUCCCGAGCUAUACUUGCGGCCAGACUCGCCAGCUGCUAUUGGCGCCAUGGCUUUCUCAUCGCUCGGAAUGCUGCUUACCACGUUCGUGCUCGUGAUGUGGGGGCUGCGUGGCGACACGCCAGUAGUACGCGCCAGUGGCCGGGAACUCUCCUUCGUGUUGCUGGCAGGAAUUAUGAUGUGCUAUCUCGUGACGUUCGCUCUCGUCUUCAGGCCUACCGAUGUUCUUUGCUCACUACAACGCUUCGGAACUGGCUUUUGUUUCACCGUGGUAUACGCCGCUCUCCUCACGAAAACUAACAGGAUUGCGCGGAUCUUCGACGCUAGCAAGCACUCAGCGAGGAGACCUUCGCUCAUUUCACCCAAGUCUCAGCUCUUCAUAUGUUCUGUUCUUGUAUCGAUACAGGUGGUGAUAGUGGUGGUAUGGCAAAUCAUAUCACCCGCCCGCGCCAUCCACCACUACCCGACGCGGGAGGACAAAAUGCUGGUCUGUGAUUCCUACAUUGAUGCCUCUUAUACCAUCGCCUUCUUCUAUCCCGUCGUGCUGAUCGUAGUGUGCACAGUAUACGCUGUGCUCACGCGGAAAAUCCCAGAGGCUUUCAACGAAAGUAAACAUAUUGGUUUCACGAUGUACACGACGUGCGUGAUAUGGCUGGCGUUCGUGCCGCUGUACUUCGGCACGGCGAGCCACGUGCCGCUGCGAGUCACCAGCAUGGCCGUCACCAUCUCGCUUAGUGCCAGCGUCACGCUCGUCUGCUUGUUCUCUCCAAAGCUGUAUAUAAUCAUUGUUCACCCGGAACGUAACGUGCGCGCAAGCCUAAUGCCCCCGCGCUGGCGCUCCGUGGCGGGCGGCGCGGGCGGGGCGCGGCACGGGGCCGUGUGCGCCGCGCUCGUCGGGACCGCGCCCUUGCCGCGCGCCCCCGACCUCACGCCAUCCACAGACCUCUCCACUCUUAACGACACGGAGCGGACGUCAUCCGAUCGACAAGUUCAGACCGAUGAGAGCGGGGUGAGACCGUUGGAAAACGGGGCGCCAGAGGAGGACAGCGGCGUGCGACUUGAAGCGCGGCGGCUGGCGGGACUGAGAGGGUUGCCUCCGUUCCCGACGGGAGAGGCGCGUGCGCCGGCCCACGUGGCUCUGGCAGUGGCCGUGCUGGCCGCGCCCGAGCCCUUAUAGCGCGAGCGGCCGCCGCGCGUCCGGACCCGCCGCGUGCCCGUACUUGUGUAAAUAAAUAUUACGCUACGUGACGAACAGACGCCUAAAGUGCAAACUGUUAUUGUUGUAACUCUAAUCAAUUUAUUUAUCAACUUAACGUGCCAAAACAAAUUUGACCGUCAAUAUUUAUGUAAAUAUUGCAUUGUUCAUGUUGUAUAAAUAAUUCUUGUAAUUAAUACCAGAAUGAACCAAUUUGUGAUAUUAGAUAAGUUUAAAAAUAAAUUUGAUCACAAUUCAAACUGGUAUAAUAUCA